GUUAAAAGUCAUAAACCAAACAGUGAAAAGUAAGAACGGCGGAAGGUAAUAAAGAGAGUACGCGGUACCCGUCGCUUGUUCUUUUUUACGACCUUAGCUGAUAGUUGAUAAAACAAUGUGGAAAAUGUGGAAAACAAAACGCAGAAAAAUACCGUGCUGCACGCGCAAUUAUGUGUUUACUUCGAUACACAAUAGUAAAAACAAAACAAGAUGUGACUAGUGCAGCGUGCAGUGUGCAGUGUGCAGUGUGUGUGCUAUACAGGUGGUUAGGAUGAAGAAUUAAAAUUGAUUUAAUUUACUUCACCAUUCCUUCAAUUUUAUUUACUUUAUCAACUGGUAAAUGGUGUACGGAAUUGUUGUUAUUGUCCGGGUGGCGUGUGGACGAAGGGUUCUUCGCGCCGCUCCUGCGUUUCAGUUUGUUUGAGACGCUCGAGCGCUUUGAACAUAUUACAAACACUCCGUUGACUUCAUCAAAACACGCGUUAUUCGACGAAUAUUAUGGAAAUUGAUGUAGUCUCAAUGUUUUUAAACGUUAUUUUUGAUUAAUCAAUUUGUGUAAGCUUAUAUUUGUGGCAAUGGAUAAUAAAAGAAGUUCGGGCGCCAUUAGUAAGAUUUCGUUGCCGUUUUACGAACCGCCGCCGAGGAAAACAAGCGCGGAGAUUAUCAACGAAGCACGAUUGGCUAUAAGGGAUUCUCAAAUGGCAGACAACUCGUUUGCGGCAACGUCCAUUAAGCCUCUACAAACGAAAAGACCGUUCACGCCACGCGAUAAAGAACGUCUUUUAUUCGGCAAGCGGACGAAAAACAGGCCACCAAGUUCGUUUAGCUUGAAAUACUUGCAAACUGAGGCAGAACAUUCAAUUCCUCCGAGCACACCGGAAAAUGCACCGCUUCCCCAAGAUGGUAGCGCACGAAGUCCUCAAAAACGUCACCAACGCUCCAAUUCCAUUUCGGAAAUCUCGGAUGGGCGCAUUUUUAAUUUGGGCGUCAAGGAAACCCACCAAAAGAUACGAUUACCUUCGCUGGAAAACAUAAAAACCUUACAAAAACGCAAACUUGGGAAAAACACGUAUUCCCUGGACAAUCUGCCGGAGGAAAAUGAGGCGGGUGCGAGCGAAAUGCUAACACGCAACGCGUUUAGCUCGCCGCAGGAACGUACGGAUUACAACGACAACCAUAACCAAACGCCAUUUGGCCGCCCCUUCCGCCAGCAGCAGAACCUUUCGCAAUGUCUGCUUCUAGGACCUCAGAAUCUGAACAAGAUCUUCGAGAAUAAGCAGAUCGUCAACAGCUCGGAGAAUCUGUUCGGGCAGACAGGUUACAUUCAUAUCCAGCCGGUGGUCUGGCGUAAUUCUUCUUAUCCUUUAGCCGGCAACACGCGAGGCAAGCUACCGCCGCCGCCGCCACUGACCGUCACCACGGUCAUCGACUCGCUGAAUAAAGAGAGCGCACACCAGCCUACACCGGACAGCAACGUGAACGAACCGGUGGUCAUCGGUUUAUUGAACUCGCUCUAUGAUUGCAUGGAAACCGAGGGGAUGUUGAACUCGAAAGUUAGCUCCAAGAUGAAAAUACACAUACUGAAGUGCCUGUACAAGUAUGUGGAGAGCAAGAACGAGGAACUGCUGUUGGCGAUCGCCCGCAUUAUUUUGGCUCUAAGAGUCACCGGCAACAAUUUAAGCGGCGUGUGUAAAUUAAUAUUCAAAGUCUCGAAGAAUGACAGGAACGACCAACUUUUCUUCAAUAAGAAUUUACUAGAACUUUUUGUGGACGCUAUUGGAAGAUCCAGCCCUUUGGACGAUGCCGAAGCAUGCGUCUACGGUUACGGAUCGAUUAAGUUUCUUACAAUGAAUUCGAAACUUUUACAAAAAAUCUUAUCGUUAGGCAUUCUACCAUUGAUGGUGUUACACAUCAAACUCGUGAAUAAUGCGAAAUUGGAAAAGUUGCAAAUACCGGAACAAACUAACCACGCCUUGUUUCAAUUAACCGGGGCUUUGCGAAACGUUGCUUCUGAUGAAGAUAUCUACGAAAAUUUCGUAACGUCACAGGCAAUUCCUGAAUUAUGUCUUACAAUGGACAUUUUCACAACCGACUUGGACAUAAUCAGUAACAUUUCACGUAUCUUCAGCACCAUCUCCACUAAUGAAGGGUGCUGCGACGCAAUUGCGAGUUAUAAAGAUAUCUAUCGUAUUUUUGUGCGGCUUUUUGAUAAAUAUCCUGGAAAUGAAGAAAUUAUUGUGAGGCUCACGUACACCAUGGGUAAUAUUGUUGCUAACUUGGAUAAUACUCGUGUCAAAUUUUAUAACGAAAGUAAUUCCAUUUCAUCCUUAUUGAAUUUGUGGCGCAUUUACUUGGAAAGGACUCUACAAUAUUGUUCCAUGGGUGUGGAAAGCGAGAACACUGAAAAUACCAAUUCGGAAGAUGUGAUGAUUAAGAUAAUCAGGAUAAUAGCAAACAUGGCGAUAAAUCCUGACAUUGGCAAAACGAUGAACGAAGCAUACGGUUCGCAACUAAUCGAUGAAUUUCUAAAAGUAUUGAUCAGCAAUCCGUUCAAGAAAAACAACGAGUUAGUCCUGUCCGUUCUGAGCACGAUGAAUAACUUAUCGUUCUACUAUUCACCGGAUCUGGACGAAGACAUUUUCCACAUUAAACAAAUCGAUAUAAUGGAAGCUAUUUCGGAAUACAUUGCGUGCGACAACAAGGAGAAUGUCAUUGAAGCGAUGAGAAUAUUGGGUAACUUGUCCCGAUCUAAAAUUACACGCGAUUACGUCGCAGACUCGGAUAGUUUCAACUCAUUAAUCGAAAUUCUAAGUGGAGAGGAAAUAAACCUGAUUAAAACCACCGUUGGCGUGUUUGUGAAUCUCAUGUCGGAUACGAAAAACCGCAAACUUUUCCAAGAGCAGAAUGGUGUCGAGAAGUUGAUCGGCGUGUUGAAUCAAUACGGACAGUAUGAUUGGACGCUUUCUAUGCUGGUGUGCCAAGUCAUUUGGAACUACAGUAUUGAUAGUGUUAAUCUUUAUGAUGCAUUCAGCGAUAACGAAGUGCAGCAGAUGAUUGCCAUUCUUGUCGAUUUCUUGGAUGAAGAGAAAAUAUUUGGGAUCAGCGACUCACAAGAGAACAUAGACGUUUUGGUCACGCAUGAGUACAUUGUGUGGGAAGAAUUUGCCAAUGUGGGCACGAAUCUGUUGGAGAAGUUUGAGCAAUUUUUGGAUAAGUUGGAUAUGGAACGGGCGCGGCUGGAAAAACAUUUGAGCUUUGCUAAAACACCAACUAAGGUCGAUUCCAGCACCAAUAUUAGCUUUGCUGCUUGGUAAUCAUCAACAAAACACAAUAUAAUAUCCAUAAAUUAUAAAAUAAAUGUAUAAAUGUAUCUAACUACAAUAGAUGAUGAAUGUAUUA